CACCAGCCUACAGACGGAAUCACAACUCUACCGGUCCUUUUCUUACCUGUUGUAAAUAUGGUUAAAAAGGCUAAAAGUCCCGUCACUUACGCAAAAAUGAAGAGAAUAGUUUCAUAUUUUACUGCUUUAAUAAAGGAUAAGAAGCUCGGUUCCAGCCAUCCGAUCUACCGACAGAUGAACUUCUUGCGACCUGAGAAUAGUGUCCCAGAUGAUGACAGAGCAGCAGCUGUCUGUUUUAGCAAUCCAACAGAGGAGCCACAAUGUCAGGUAUCUGCAGCAGAUUUUGACUAUUUGAAGGUGAUUGGGACAGGAAGCUUUGGCAAGGUAUUCUUGGCCACACACAAGGAGGAUGGCAGAUACUAUGCGGUCAAAGUUCUACAGAAGCACAUUAUCUUAGCAAGGAAGGAGGAAAGACAUGUCAUGUGUGAGCACAGAGUGCUGUUAAAGAUGCUCAAUUAUCCAUUCCUGGUGAAGCUCCACUUCAGCUUUCAGACCAUGGACAGACUUUACCUGGUGCUCGACUAUGCAUGUGGAGGAGAGCUUUUUUACCAUUUGCAGAGAGAGUGGGCAUUUGGAGAACCCAGAGCUAGAUUUUAUGCUGCUGAAAUAGCCAGUGCUUUAGGAUACUUGCACUCCCUGAAUAUUGUCUAUAGGGACCUGAAACCAGAAAACGUUCUGCUGGAUUAUGCUGGUCAUGUAGUUCUGACAGACUUUGGCUUGUGCAAGGAGGGUAUGACUGGACGAGGUACCACUAGAACCUUUUGUGGAACUCCAGAAUACUUGGCACCUGAGGUCCUCCAGCAGUGCGAAUAUGACAGGACUGUAGACUGGUGGGGUCUGGGAGCUGUUCUCCAUGAAAUGUUUUAUGGCCUGCCACCUUUCUACAGUGCAGAUCGUCUUGAGAUGCUUAGAAAUAUUAUUUCUCAGCCUUUGGCACUAAAACCUGGUGUAUCUAGUUCAGCCAGAGAUUUGUUGAAGAGACUUCUAAACAAGGACAGGGCCAAGAGACUAGGGGCCAAGCGUGACCUGACAGAGCUGCAGUCACAUCCAUUCUUCUCCUCAAUUCAAUGGGAUGAGCUUGUUGCAAAAAAAAUUCCACCCCCUUUCGUUCCCUCACUGACUGGCCCUGGUGACCUCACAAACAUUGACUCACGGUUCACAGAACUUCCUGUUCCGCUAUCACUAGGUGCCUGUGAGGAGUAUGGAGCAACUUUUCCUGGCUUUACUUAUAUCAAUGACAAUAUUCUCUCACUGUCAGCACAGAGUCAGACCUGUGGGCACUAAGACAGAAGAAUUCCACCAGACCAAUAAACAUUUUGCCAGCAUGUGAACACGUAUCUACAAGACCGUUAUCAUUUGAAAAAAAGAAUGGAACCAAUUAUGUUUACUUAGGCAAACACUGAAUCACAGUUUUUUCAAUGUUAGCUGGACCAAUGCAUUUGCACAUUGCAAAGUUUAUAUCAACAAUGACUGUUGUUCUAAUAUUCAUAUAAUGUGUUUUAAUAAUUUUUUAGCCACAUUGUGAAUGAGAACAAAUAUGUUUGUACUGAAAUACAUAGUAAUGUUUGUACCUGUUAUCCAGACUCAGGUGGAAUACCAUGUUAUUAAGACUUAAUUCUCUACUUAAGUGAGAUCAAAUGUUGCAUCAGAUGUUUGUAGAAGUUG